UCUUUUUCCCCGGCUGUGGAGGCGCUUUUCAACGCUCUUCAUCCCUCUUGAGCUUUUGUCCGCUGAGAAAACGGUGCUGAGUGUCGCAAUUGAGUGUUUAUAAUCUUUAUGAGUACAUAAGCACAAAUAUUUGAGAGUAACUUUUACGCGCGCAAGAAAGUGUACCUCGUUGACUGCAAAUUGAAAGAAAAUAUUGAAAAUUGUGAGUCUGAAAGUGUAAACACGAGUGCCGAAGACAACAAUUAAUUAGAAACUUCAGCCAGAGCUUUUUGCACCAUCGACUCCUAUUGAUUGCUUCCCUCGCCGGGGCAAUGAACUGAUUGCGUUGCUGCGAAGUCAACCCAAGCAGAAGAGAUUGGCGAAAGAAGAGGGGUUGAUAUAGGGAUUCCUCAGGUGCUGCCACACGCCGAGACAUGCCAGGACCUUGUCAGCGCCUCCGCCUGCCGUCGCUGGUCACCGUGAUGCGCAGUCCCAAGGGCGAGUGCUCGCCGGUGAGGCGAAAGGAGCACCAUCGUGUGGUGAUGAUGGGCGCCGCGCGCGUCGGCAAGUCCUCGAUCAUCUCCCAAUUUCUCUACGACAAAUACCUGGCGCGCUACCGACAGACCGUGGAGGAGCUGCAUCGCGGCGAGUACGAGCUGCCCGACGGCGCGGCACUCACGCUGGACAUCCUGGACACUUCGGGCGCCUAUCAGUUCCCCGCCAUGCGAGCUCUGUCCAUCUCCACUGGCGGCGCCUUCAUCCUCGUCUUCUCCGUGGACGAGGAGGAGUCCUGGAAGGAGGUGGAACGCCUUAGAGAACAAAUCAUCGAAGCGCGCGGUUAUCGAGUGCCGAUUGUCAUAGUGGCCAACAAGGCGGACAUUAAGCAGCCGGACAGGAAGAUGUCGCGGGAAUUGACGGAGAGCAUCGCGACGGUGGAUUGGGAGUGUGGCUAUGUGGAGGCGAGUGCCAAGGACAACACAGGGAUCGUAGAUGUAUUCAAGGAGCUUCUGGCCCAGGCGAAGAUUCGCUACAAUCUCAGUCCGGCUGUGCGGCGACGCAGGCAAUCGCUGCCAUCGUACGGAAGUCAGCAGAAUGGUCGCGGCUCGACGACACCCAAGCACUCCCUGAAGCGCCACUCCUGCACUGUGGCGUAGGUGCCGAAGACAGAGAUGCGCGAAACGAGAUCGAGACUUAUACUUUUCAAAAACAGUAUUUGCGCGCAAAUUCCACGAAAUCCCCAGAGAGACGCUCAGAGUCUCCGGGGCAGCUUUCAACAAGAUGAAUCAGACAAUAUGGGGUGCUUCGGAGAGUCUCAUGCGAAUGGGAGUGUAAACAGCGCAGUUGUGGCAUUGCUGAAUAGACUAUAAUUGAUCUGUUGUUGAAAGACUGAAGUUUUAGUUCGAAUUUGAUUGCUAAACAUCUCAAAAUAGCUCAAAAAAUUGAAAUUAGACCAAAAUCUCGGCUUUUUGGCAUCAGCAAAAGUGUUUCAAGUCUCUUUUCUUAUCCUAAAUUUCCUGAAAGUUAAUCAAUCUGUUAGUUAAGACAAUAAGUAAAAGUGAAGAAACAACGAUUGGCAGUUUGAAAAGUUCGAAACUCCUUAAAUUUCUUCAGAAGCAGCAUCAUAAAGCAGCAUCAUAAAGCAGCUUUUCUUGUAUAUUUUCUGUAUAGAAUAAUAGAGUGAAUAAUUGAUUUGGAAUUCCUCCCGCUUUUCGUGAGACUCUCCGAGCCUAAAGCGCCCUGUAAAGCGCCACGGAAAUCGAAUACGAAGCACUUCUCAUCCCGACAGAAAUUCACUUGCAUGUGGGAUUUGUCGCUCCUUCGCCCAAAGGAGACGCGUGUUGAAUAAAGCCAGAAGUUGUUAGCAUUUCUAAUUGUAGGUUUUGGGUGUGCGUUUGAGUAUGAUUGAAUUUGCAUUAAGCCUAGUGUUUAGAUAGUUGUACAAUUAAUUGUGUAACUAGCGAUAGAGACAUUAACCCGAUAAUUGUCUUGAGCCAAGUCCCUUCCCCACAUGGAAUUUGCAUUAAAGUAGUUAUCUCA